AUGACAUCAGACGGCACUCGACCAAUUGAGUGGUCACCGAGUCAGGUCGUGGUCUGCGGGAAGCACGGCGACGCGUUCACCCACCAGAUCCGCCUCUCCUCUUCUGCCAAUCCUUCCUCCUCUUCUUCCAAUUCUUCGCCUCCUCUUGAUGGAUCCGAGGAGGUGUGGUUGGUCGGCGGUGCUGCUGUUGCUGCUAGCUACUGCUUGCUUCGUCCAUGGCGGCGACAUCGUGCACGAGGACGACGAGGCCCCCAAGCUCCCCGGAUGCGCCAACAACUUCGUUCUGGUGAAAGUGCAAACUUGGAUUAACAAUACAGAAGAUGACGAAUUUGUUGGUGUUGGAGCUCGAUUUGGCCCCACAAUAGUUUCAAAAGAGAAACAUGCCAACCGAACUCGCCUUACUCUUUCAGACCCUUCUGAUUGCUGCACUCCACCUAAGAAAAAGCUUGCUGGAGAUGUACUACUAGUGCAUCGAGGCAAAUGCAAAUUCACAACAAAGGCAAAGGUCGCACAAGCUGCUGGUGCAUCUGCCAUCCUCAUUAUUAAUAACCAUAAAGAGUUAUACAAGAUGGUCUGUGAUAGGAAUGAAACCGGUUUGAACAUAAGUAUUCCUGCUGUUAUGCUGCCACAAGAUGCAGGUGCCAGCUUGGAGACUAGUCUUCAACAUGGUUCCUCAGUUGCUGUGCAACUAUACUCUCCAGAUCGGCCACUGGUUGAUACAGCAGAAGUUUUUCUGUGGCUUAUGGCAAUUGGGACCAUCUUGUGUGCAUCAUAUUGGUCUGCAUGGAGUGCUAGAGAAGCAUUAAUGGAGCAUGAGAAGUUAUUGAAGGAUGCCCCAGAGGAGUUAACAAAGAUGGAAGCUACAGGAUCCAAUGGCAUAGUGGACAUCAACACAACAUCAGCAGUUUUGUUUGUUGUGAUUGCUUCAUGCUUUCUAAUCUUACUUUACAAACUCAUGUCAUUUUGGUUCGUCGAGCUUUUGGUGGUUCUGUUUUGCAUUGGUGGUGUAGAGGGGUUACAAACAUGCUUGGUAUCUUUGUUAUCACGAUGGUUCAAACGUGCUGGAGAAUCUUUCAUUAAAGUGCCCUUCUUUGGAGCCGUCUCCUACCUUACCUUAGCUGUUUCUCCAUUCUGCAUUGUCUUUGCUGUUGUAUGGGCUGUCUAUCGCCGAUUAUCCUUUGCAUGGAUUGGCCAAGAUAUCCUGGGAAUUGCUUUGAUUAUCACAGUUCUCCAAAUUGUACGAGUACCUAACCUCAAGGUGGGAACUGUGCUUCUCAGUUGUGCCUUCUUGUAUGACAUCUUUUGGGUUUUCAUCUCAAAGAGGUGGUUUCAUGAAAGUGUCAUGAUUGUGGUUGCUCGAGGGGAUAGGACCGCUGAGGAUGGCGUACCUAUGCUACUUAAGAUACCCCGCCUGUUUGAUCCAUGGGGUGGAUAUAGCAUUAUUGGUUUUGGUGAUAUCCUUUUACCUGGGUUGAUAAUUGCCUUUUCAUUAAGGUAUGAUUGGGCAGCAAAGAAAAGCUUACGAUCUGGUUACUUCUUGUGGUCUAUGGUAGCUUAUGGCUCUGGUCUUCUUAUCACAUACGUGGCCUUGAACUUAAUGGACGGUCAUGGCCAACCGGCAUUGCUGUACAUUGUGCCUUUCACGUUGGGCACAUUCUUGGCCCUCGGGCACAAAAGGGGAGAACUCCGAAACUUGUGGACGCAAGGUGAGCCACCAAGAGUUUGCCCACAUAUUCAACCUGCCCAGUAGAACAAAAUACUAAUUGCAGGUAUAUAUAUUACUCGCCUAGUUUCUAGUUCUACUGUUGUACAAGUUUAUGAGCUGUAAUGCCUCAAACAGUGAUUGAUGAAAUGUAAUCUGCUGUAACCGCCAGCACAGUAAGAGGCUUAAUUUAACAUAGAGCUUUUGUGAUGGAGUUAAAUGUAAUGAAAAAAAUGUCUGUUGUCUGCAAAUUUUUUAUAAAAAGGAAUGGCUCGAAGACAAAGCAUCUUAUGAGCUUUGUCAAUGUUUAACA